GCGAUCAUCUAUUCGUCUUCUUAACUCAGCCCUAACUUUCUCGGUAAUAAACAAAACAAUCACUGGUUUUUAGAGAGAGAAAAAGGGCAACAGAGAGAUAGAGAGAUUUUUGGAGAAUGCCUUCUUCUAUUCAACUUCAUCGAAUCAAUCCUAGCAGCAAUCCAGGCGGUGGCGUCGCCUCAACGAUUAUGAACUGUCACAGAAGCGCGGUGGCGGUGGAGCGGGAGAAAAGGAGCAGCAUGACGGACGCGGCGCCGAUGCCGGUGCCAGAUGCGGUUGCGCGGCAUCACGCGCACGACGUCGGACCGGAACAGUGCUGUUCCGCUGUGAUCCAGAUUAUCGACGCUCCGGUCUCGACGGUGUGGUCCGUGGUGCGGCGGUUCGAUAAUCCGCAGGCGUACAAGCACUUUCUCAAAAGUUGUCAUGUGAUUGACGGCGACGGUACUGUCGGCACUCUCCGGCAGGUCCAGGUCGUCUCCGGCCUUCCCGCCGCCUCGAGCACCGAGCGCCUCGAGAUUCUCGACGACGAGAGGCACGUGUUUAGUUUUCGCGUCGUAGGCGGGGACCACCGCCUGCGAAACUACCGAUCCGUUACCUCACUGCACGCGAUUCCAUCGUCAUCGUCAUCAAGUGCAAACGGAUCGAGAUCGUCGACGGUUGUGGUAGAAUCUUAUGCAGUUGAUGUACCGCAAGGCAAUACUAAAGAAGAAACGUGCGUGUUCGUUGAUACGAUCGUACGGUGCAACCUUCAAUCCCUUGCACAAAUCGCUGAAAACAUGGCCAAAACUUCCUAAAUUAAUUUCCAUCCAUUUCUUCAUCUUUCCUUCUCCUUUUUUUUUUUUUUUUUU